CGCUUUUUACUGCGUCCGCCCAACUUUCUUCUUCAAGAAAUCUUUACCAGAGCACUCAAGAUCGGACCGACGUAUAUUGAAUCCUGUUCUUACCAGCAUUUUUACAUUGCAUCUUCGCUAUAACAUCAAUCCUACUCAACCGAAACCUCCCAAGUUCCUAACUCUCCCCACCUUGGGGGAUAACCCUCGUCGACUCGAUCCAACCCGUUUCUCUUACGAACAGAAUAUCCUGCCGCGACAAACAUGUCAGGUUUCCAGAUUCCCGGCUUGGGCCAGGCUAAGCCUAACGAGACUCUGCCACCACUCCCGGCCGAUCUCCUCAUUGCCGCGGCCAGUGCCGAGGGCACCCAAGAGAUGGUUGAUGCACCUCCGAAUGCGACGGUGGGAAGCACAGAGAUGACCGACGCCCCUCCGAAUGCGACGAUCGAACAGACACAGAAUGCCGCCGCCCAAGCAGCCAAUCCCAUCGAGCCUCAACCAGCCCCUUCUGCUGAGCUUGACUCAAUGGUCAUCGACCAACCCGAAAGCCCACCCUCCCUCACUGGCGCACUCGAAGCCGCCCUCGGAGGACUCGACCCCGUCGCGCCACAGCCCGAGGCCAACCCACCACCCGCCGAGCUCCAGGACGACCAAGGAGAAAACCCACAGUGGGAGAUUGACUCCUCGCCGUACGAAUCUUCAUCAGAAUCCAGCAGCUCCGACUCGUCCGACGAGGACUCCGACAACGAGGGCUACGAGCUCCUGGGUGUGGAGGAGACGGCGCGACUUCUAAUGCAGGCCGAGGGAGGGUCUGACGACGAGGGCGACAAGGGAGGUAAGGGUUCCAGCUCUGCGCAGCUCCGCACGAAGAACGAAAUCGUCGACGAGUUGGUCCCGAAACCCGACGUCACAAUUACACCGGAGAUGAAGAUCGAGGAGCUGGGAUUCAUUGAGCACAUUGUGGAAAGCAUCAUGCUGGUCAAAGCCAACACUACUGGAGAGUACCAAGUUCUAGACAGUGGCUCCGUGCUCUGCACCGCCGAGCGGGUCGUCAUUGGCGCCGUCGCAGAGACGAUUGGCAAGGUGCUGCAGCCCAUGUACACGGUCCGGUUUUCCUCCGAAGACGAAAUCAAGGAGCUCGGCCUGGAGGUGGGAACGAAGGUGUUCUACCCGGCCGAGCACGCCAGCUUCGUCUUCACCGAACCCCUCAAGGCCCUGAAGGGUUCCGACGCCAGCAACCUCCACGACGAGGAAGUGGGCGACGACGAGAUGGAGUUCUCCGACGACGAGAAGGAGGCCGAGUACAAGCGCGCGCUCAAGCAGAAGAAGAAGGACAAGUGGAAGAAUGGAAAGGGCGCCAAGGAGCCUCACCCCCUGCGGCAAGAGGCCCGACCCGACGGCGGCUUGAACUACGACGACGACGAAGACGGCCCCUACAAGCCGCUCGCGCGCCCGCCGGGCUACGGUACCGGAGCGGCAUCGAACGAGACAUACGAGCCACCGGCCGGCCGGUCCUUCCAGCGAGGAGGCCGACGCGGAGAUGGCAGAGGACGAGGAGGAAGGGGUCGCGGCGGCCGCGGAGGCCGUGGAGGUUUCGGACAAUCCCGCGACGGCUACUCCAUGCCGCCCCAGAGCGCUCAUCAACAACAAGCUCCCGCUCCCCAAGCCCAAUGGGGCGGCCCCCAAGCUCCCCCCCAAGGCGUGGCACCCGCGAUGCCCAACUUCGGCUUCCAGUUCCCCGGCUGGCCCCAGCAGCCGGCGGCGCCCAACCCACACACGGGCGGCUCUGCCUCCGCUCCUCCGCCGCCGCCUGGCUGGCCGGCUCAGGGCCAGCAGGGAGCUCCCGGCGGCGCCUUUGUCAACCCUGCCUUCUUUGCGGCUCUCAUGUCCCAGAUGCAGGCCCAGAGCGGCCAGUCGCCGUGGACAACGCCCCAGCCGCCUAACGGUCAGGGCCAGUAACUAGGUUGAAACGAGCGUUUGGGCGAGGGUUAAAAGCACUGUUUUAUAUCAGGGAAUGCAUCUAGAGAGGCGCCGGGGAUACUGAGUUUCGUAAUUAUAUAGACAAAGGACAGGUUAUUCAGAGUCAGACCAGACCUGGCACAUAAAAUGAUACCCAUUCAUGCACCCACAAACA